CAUCACCUUGUACAACUCCUACAGUUGCUCGGGCGCCAAACUCACUCUCUAGGGCUUCAAACUUCACUUCUCUUCUCCUUCUCCGCCGCUAACCGCCGCGCCGCUGCCUGUCUUCCCGGUGCCUCGUUUUCUCCUCCACCACUGAAAAAUUCUCUUUCUACAACUAAAACGAAAUAUCCAUCUUUUCUCAAUGUCUUUGCUGGAAGUUAUAACCAAAGCUUCGACUGAACAUUCUCCAACCACCUCCGAGGGAAAUUACUCAAUUGUUCUUAGCGGAGAACCAGUUCUGCUUCAAGUGAAACCGGAAAAGGAAGAGGACGACGGCGUAUCGCUAGUCAAACGAGGUACUGGAUGGAGAGUUUUAUCAACUGAUGUUGAAUUAAUCGAGUUAGGGAAAAAUUUCAUCAAAAAAUUGAAGAGGAAGAUGAAAAACCCUAAGACAUUCAACAAAGACGACUUCUUUGGGAUGUUUGUUGCCUACGUGGCAGAAAUUUGGGAGAAAUUUGGUGUUUCAAUUCAUGUGGAUGGGUUGGAUGAGGGCAAUAUUGUAAAAUUGACCGAAAAGGUGGGUAAUUUUAUGGGUAGAGAUGUUAAGGCUUUGGUUUUGGAAGCGUGUUUUGUUUUAGAGAGUUGGGAGGUUUUGGGGAGUUUGAUUGUUAAUGGGCUUGUUGAACAUUCAUGCUUAUCGAAUUUGAUAAAUAACCUAAUUGAAAAGAAGCAAUCUUGGUUGGUUGUUUUGUGUGUAAAGCAUGUUUUAGAUAUUCAAACUUAUGAUAUGAUUCGUGUGUUGAAAUACUUUCUUUCCCUUCCAAAAAAUGGGGAUAGUAGCUUGACUUUUGUGAGGAAGGAGUGGGAGAGUCAAGCAAUGUCUGCAAUUGAUAAGGCAAUGGACACGAGCCUUGGUCCGGAUAGGAUGAGUCUAGCUAGGGAUGCUUCAUUUUUGCUUAUGCUAGCACAUGAUGGGUUUUCGGUUUACGAGAUGUGUUUGCAUUACUUUCUUGCGUCGAGGAAUGUUGAUGAAGUUAUUUUGGGUGCUUGCAUUAGUAAAUUAACGGGUUCAGAGAUAAUGGUUUUGAUCCGGUACCUGCAAAAGUGGUUGAAUAAGUAUGAGAGGUUUCCUCAGGUGUGUCCUUGUCCUAAGGCAUCAUUUGAAUUGGGGUUGAAGGCUUGUGAAUGGGCUCCUUCACUUGAAGACGUAGUCAAGUGUCUCGGUUUGGUUGUAGAUGAGCACUUCUCUUCUUUGGUCUUGCAUCAAGAGUUUCAUGAGGAAUUGAAAUCUUUAGAUGAAGUUGUCAAUUCCUUAACUGCAGAAGCAAAAGUAUGUGGCAUCAUGUCAAAUUUGACUGAGGCAUUGAAAAAGCAAACUCAAAGGCUAGUUGGCGAUGCAGCUUACGAGUGAUCUCUCCUACUUUUUCAGUUUAUGCUGAAUAUGCAGUUGAAGGAUCUCUGACAAGAUCAAUGACGUUGCUGGAGUUUGCUCUGUAAUUUUGCCAGUCACACUCUAAUGGGUGAAUGUUUUGGUUGCCAAUUGAAAGAGUCAACCGAUUUGGAGCUCCCUUUCUCUUGACUUCGACUACACGAGACACAAAGAAAAGAAUGCAGACUUGUAUUUUCAUUUAAGGUAUACACUAGAUGUUAUUUGCAGGGCAAAGGUCAAAUUUCAUGUUUUCUGUACUAAGCUAGUUAAGCCAAGUAUCGGGCAAGUACAUCAUUCGUUUAAAUUGUGAUAUGGUUUUGAUUAGUUUAAAAACAGUGUUAAAGUAAAUUCGAAAGCUCAAGAGAUCGGAAAAUUAUUUUUUUGGAGAACAUUUGUGUAGUUAUAGAGAACCAUGUAUUUGGGUUGCU